CUCCCAGCAGUCUCACACUGGAUUAACCUACAGGACCAACAAUGGAAGUUACUGCGCGUCGCGUUUAAGUUUCUUAUUGCAAGUGUAUGCGAUUUUACGGUAUUUUGUGCACGGAGACCGAAAACAAAGGAAAAUUAUUACUGUUUUCUUUAUAUCUGGAUGCGAAUCUAAACCAGGAUUGUUUUUUUUUGCACGGUUUUCCCCCUUUUCGUUGUCCAGGAUCUUUCACGUCAGCACAUUGCUUACUUUUCUCGGACCAGAAUGCCCCAGACGACUCCAUUUGCAGCCAAGUUCACUCCCAACCCUUAUGGCAGCAGUCACUCUCACUACAAACCAGUGGAGGAAAGCUAUGGGGGUCUCAUCUAUCAUGACAACAACCUCGUAUCGGGGUCACUUGAGGCUCUUAUACAGCACCUUGUCCCUACAGUGGACUAUUACCCUGAUAGGUCGUACAUCUUCACCUUCCUGCUUAGCUCACGUCUUUUCCUGCAUCCGUUUGAGCUCAUGUCCAGAGUGUGUUACUUGUGCGUGGAGCACCACAGAGUGGGCGACCCACAGAUCGAUAAGAAACGGAUCCGGGACAUCGCUCCAAAGAUUGUGCAGCUGCUGACAGAAUGGACAGAGACUUUUCCAUACGACUUCAGGGAUGAGCGCAUGAUGCGCAGCCUGAAAGAGAUGACCCACCGGCUGGCCUUUGGAGAUGAGCUGUCCCGGAGAGCCAUGCAGAGACUGAUCCAGCGGCUCUUACGCAAGCUGACCAUCCUGGGACAGUACGAAGAAUCUCUGGUGACGUCCAGCACAGCGGCCGCAGCGGCAGUGGAGAAACCGGGUGGUCUGAAGGCUAAGCAGCAUGUGGUGCGCAGGGAGGAGUGUGUUCUGAACGUCUGUGAUGACCCCUUCAUCCUCGCCCAGCAGCUCACACACAUCGAGAUGGAGAGACUCAGUUACAUUGGCCCUGAGGAGUUUGUCCAGGCGUUCGCUCAGAAAAGACCCUCCGACAAUCAUAAGAGUUUCUUCAGCAAAAGAAGAGCAAGUAAUUUUGAGGCAUAUAUCGAGUGGUUCAAUCGGCUGAGUUAUCUGGUGGCCACUGAAAUCUGCUUGCCAAUAAAGAAGAAACACAGAGCUCGGGUCUUGGAGUUUUUCAUCGAUGUGGCACGGGAAUGCUUCAACAUCGGCAACUUCAACUCUCUGAUGGCCAUUAUUACUGGGAUGAACAUGAACCCUGUGUCCAGGCUGAAGAAGACCUGGGGCAAAGUCAACACGGACAAGUUCGAAAUCCUAGAGCAUCAAAUGGAUCCAUCCAAUAACUUCUACAACUACCGCACUGCACUGCGAGGAGCUACGCAGAGGUCCGCUACGGCUCACACUGCCAGAGAGAAGAUUGUUAUUCCAUUCUUCAGUUUGUUCAUUAAGGACAUCUACUUCCUUAACGAGGGCUGCGCCAGCCGACUGCCAAACGGACACAUCAAUUUUGAGAAAUUCUGGGAGCUGGCCAAACAAGUGAGUGAGUUUCUGUCGUGGAGGCAGGUGAUCUGCCCGUUUGAGAGGGACAGAAAAACACUGCAGUAUCUCAUCAGUGUCUCAGUCUUCACAGAGGAUGAGCUACAACUGGCCUCCUACGAGAGUGAAGGUCCAGAGAACAACCUGGAGAGAGACACCCGCCGCUCACUCAGGUCGUCUCUCAGCAGGAUGUGAUUGCUGAUUUUGAAAGCGUCUGCCCUGAGUGAACUCUGCGCACUCUAAACUGAAAGACUGCACUCUGAUGCAGGAGCUGCACACUGAAGAAAGACUUUGUAUAAAGACUUCUGUAUGAACUUCUCCCUCGUGUUGAUGUAUAUGAGACUGGAUUCUCAUCACGACACCAUCAUUAUGUUAAAGGAAACCUACUCAUCUUGUACCUCAUGUGAAACGAUCUGAAUAAGCUUCAUCUUAUGUGUCAUAAGCAUAUCUUUUCCUGGAGGAAUGAAGAAUGUGUCGCUGGCUGACCUCUUCCGUUAUGCUGUGUAAGCUUACUUGUGUUCUUUUUUUGUACUUGUAAAAAGUAACUCUAGUUUUUGUGUGUAUGACAGUAUCAUAUAAUUGUUUUUAUAUGUUUUUGGUGACUUGAUGUAAGUUUAUAGUCAGAACGUUGCCUUAUAAAGAAACUUUAACAUAACCACGUCCAUGGA